GCGCGCCAGGAGGUGCGCGGUACCGCGAGGGAGGACAGCUCCGGGCCGGGGCUGGGGGGCGCGCGCGUGCGCCGUCGCGAGCUCGGCAGUGCCGGGGCCGCCGUGGGGGAGCGAGGCUGAGACCGCCGUGCGGGCCGCGGGGAUGUUCCGAAAGGCCCGGCGAGUGAACGUGCGCAAGCGGAACGACUCGGAGGAGGAGGAGCGGGAGCGCGAUGAGGAGCAGGAGCCGCCGCCGUUGCUUCCGCCUCCCGGCGCUGGCGACGAGCCGGGCCCCGGCGGCGGCGGCGGAGGCGAUCGGGCCCCCGCGGGGGAGGGGCUGCUGGGCCCGGGGCCGCCGCCGCCGUCCGCGCUGACCGCGGGCCCGGGAGCCGAGGCCGGCGGCUGCUUCCCGGGCGGCGCUGAGCCGGGCAACGGGCUGAAGCCGCGCAAGAAGCCGCGCGAGAACAAAGAGGUGCCUCGGGCCAGCCUGCUGAGCUUCCAGGACGAGGAGGAAGAAAAUGAAGAAGUUUUCAAAGUGAAGAAAUCAAGUUAUAGCAAAAAAAUAGUGAAAUUACUUAAGAAAGAAUAUAAAGAAGAUCUUGAAAAAUCGAAAAUUAAGACAGAAGUCAACUCAUCGGCCGACAAUGAGCCACCUUUGGACAAAGCAGGACAUGCUAAGGACACCGGUCCAGAGGAUGGGGUUAUCCUCGGUGAGCGCGGCGAAGACGAGAUGGACGUGGAAAGCGAGAAGGAGGAGGGGAAGCCCAAGGCUGGCGGGGCCUUCGCGGAUGCUCUGUCGUCUUUGAAUGUCCUCCGUCCAGGAGAAAUCCCAGACGCGGCUUUCAUACACGCCGCCAGGAAGAAGCGCCAGAUGGCCCGGGAGCUGGGAGACUUCACUCCGCACGAAAGCGAGCCGGGUAAAGGCCGCCUCGUUCGAGAAGAUGAGAACGAUGCCAGUGAUGACGAAGACGAUGACGAGAAGCGCCGGAUAGUGUUUUCUGUGAAAGAAAAAUCACAAAGACAAAAAAUUGCCGAGGAAAUAGGUAUUGAGGGGAGUGACGACGACGCUUUAGUGGCCGGAGAGCAGGAUGAAGAGCUCAGCCGGUGGGAGCAGGAGCAGAUCCGAAAAGGGAUCAAUAUCCCCCAGGUUCAAGCAAGUCAGCCCACCGAAGUGAAUAUGUAUUACCAGAACACCUACCCGACCGUGCCUUACGGCUCCUCCUACGGCAUUCCUUAUAGCUACACAGCCUAUGGAUCAGCUGAUGGCAAAUCUCAAAAAACAGAUAGUACAGCCCCUUUCAAAACUCCCAGUAAUGAGAUGACUCCCGUUACUAUUGAUCUGGUAAAGAAACAGCUUAAAGACAGGUUGGACGCCAUGAAAGAGGCGCACAAAGCCAACCAGCAGCAGCGUGAGAAGCACCUGCAAAGCCGCGUGGACUCCACCCGGGCGAUUGAAAGACUGGAAGGGUCCUCGGGGGGUACUGGUGAACGGUAUAAGUUUUUGCAAGAAAUGCGAGGGUAUGUCCAAGACUUGCUUGAGUGUUUCAGUGAAAAGGUGCCACUGAUUAACGAACUUGAAUCAGCAAUUCAUCAGCUGUACAAACAGCGAGCUUCCCGCCUUGUCCAAAGACGACAAGAUGAUAUUAAAGAUGAAUCUUCGGAGUUUUCAAGCCAUUCAAACAAAGCUCUGAUGGCGCCAAACCUGGACUCCGUUGGGCGAGACCGAGCCCUGUGCCAGGAGCACGCCAAGCGCCGGAUCGCGGAGCGGGAGGCCAGGAGGACUCGCCGGCGACAAGCCAGAGAGCAGACCGGUAAGAUGGCUGAUCACCUCGAAGGCCUUUCCAGUGACGAUGAAGAAACAUCCACAGACAUCACCAACUUCAAUCUGGAAAAAGAUCGCAUUUCGAAAGAGUCCAGCAAGGUUUUUGAAGAUGUCCUGGAGAGUUUCUGUUCAAUUGACUGUAUCAAGUCCCAGUUCGAAGCGUGGCGUUCAAAGUACUACACGUCCUACAAGGACGCUUACAUCGGCCUGUGUUUGCCGAAGCUGUUCAACCCCCUCAUAAGGCUGCAGCUUCUCACCUGGACUCCUCUCGAGGCCAAGUGCCGGGACUUUGAGAGCAUGCUGUGGUUCGAGUCCCUGCUCUUCUACGGCUGUGAGGAGCGGGAGCAGGAGCGGGGGGACGUGGACACGGCGCUGCUGCCCACGGUCGUGGAGAAGGUGCUCCUCCCCAAGCUGGCAGUGAUAGCGGAGAACAUGUGGGACCCCUUUUCUACAACACAGACUUCACGGAUGGUUGGGAUCACAUUAAAACUAGUAGACGGAUACCCUUCAGCAGUGAACGCAGAAAACAGAAACACACAGUUAUACCUGAAAGCGCUCUUGCUGAGGAUGAGGAGAACGUUAGAUGACGAUGUGUUCAUGCCCCUGUAUCCCAAAAACGUCUUAGAAAAUAGAAACUCGGGGCCGUACUUGUUUUUUCAGCGGCAGUUUUGGUCUUCGGUUAAGCUGCUGGGGAAUUUUCUUCAGUGGAGCGGCAUCUUCUCGAACAAGACCCUUCAGGAGCUGGCCAUCGACGGCCUGUUAAAUAGAUACAUUCUCAUGGCUUUUCAGAACUCGGAGUGUGGAGACGACAGCAUCAGGAAAGCCCAAAGUGUCAUCAAUUGUUUCCCCAAGCAGUGGUUCGCGAACCUGAAAGGAGAGAGGACCAUUUCUCAGUUAGAAAACUUCUGUCGGUACCUCGUACACUUAGCAGAUACGAUUUAUAGAAACAGCAUCGGAUGCUCUGAUGUGGAAAAAAGAAAUGCAAGGGAAAACAUAAAGCAGAUAGUAAAACUCCUUGCAAGUGUCCGAGCCCUGGAUCACGCUAUGUCUGUUGCAAGUGACCAUAAUGUGAAAGAAUUUAAGUCUUUGAUUGAAGGAAAAUAGAUCUAUGCGACUGAGAAGCCUGCUUGCUUUAAUACCAUUCCUAAUGUAUAAAUUUUGUAUAUAUGUAAAGUUUCUUAAACUGUAAAAUGGUUGUUGUUUUAAUACAAAGAACAUUACUAUUCAA